GAUAUCCGGUCAUUAUUCUCUAUAAACAUGAAGUUAAAGUCCAUUUUAUUAGCUUAUAUUUUAUUUUUCGUGUCUACAUUUGCCUGUUCUGGGGCAGAUGGAGUGUUUGGCUGUGGAGGUUUUGUAAAAUCUGAUGUGGAUAUAAAUUAUUCAUUAGUUGAGGUCAAACUUUACACUCCACAUGGGAGCAUCAAGUAUCAAACUGACUGUGCUCCUAACACUGGAUACUAUCUUAUACCACUCUACGAUAAAGGGGAUUACAUUUUAAAGGCUGAGCCUCCACAGGGAUGGGGAUUUGAACCAGUUAGCGUGGAGCUGAAAGUUGACGGAGAGAAUGACCCUUGUAGCAAGGGAGAAGACAUCAACUUUAAGUUCACUGGCUUCUCUAUUAGUGGCUUGGUUGCAAGUUUUGGCCAAACUGUUGGACCAUCAGGUGUUCAACUUGAGCUGCUAUCACUGUCUAAACCAGAUUUUCAUCAAAAAGGUUUUACCUCAGAGCAAGGAGUCUUUUCUUUCUCAAAUGUAAUGCCUGGAGAUUAUAAAAUUAAAGCAUCACACCCUGUAUGGCAGUUUCAAAAGGAUGAAGUAACUGUGCAAGUGAAGAAUGACAAAGUCAACAUUGGAGCAGGUAUAAUUAUUGGUGGAUAUGAUGUCAGGGGGGAAGUAACUGGUGAUGGUCAACCCAUGAAAUCUGUGAAUUUUAUUCUUUACUCGGAGACGCAGCCUUUGCCUACUGUGUCGCAGUGUGAAAAGGGAGUCCCUAAAGGCUUUAACUCUAAGGAGACCAAGCUAUCUCCCAUUUGUUAUGUGACAUCUAAAGAUGAUGGGACUUUUGUUUUUCCAGUGGUUCCAAGUGGAUCCUACUUUUUGGUUCCAUUCUACAAAGGUGACCACAUUACAUUCGAUGUAGAACCAGAUAAACUCCCAUUUGAAGUGCGUCAUGGAUCAGUUUUACUUAAGGAGAAAUUUGAAGUUGCUGGAUUUUCUGUCAGUGGGAAAGUUUUGGACAAAGAAAAUGGAGUUGGCAUUCCUAAGGCUACAAUAAUAAUCAAUGGCAAAGAGCAGACAGUGAGUGCUGCAGAUGGUUCCUUUAAUCUAGAAAACAUGAAAACUGGAACCUACAGCUUGAAUGCUCGAGUUGACAACAUAUGGUUUGAGGAAAUGUCAGUGGAAAUUAACCCCAAGACUCCAGAAUUACCUAACCUCAUAGCUUCUGGGUUCAACAUGUGUGGGAAGGUCACCAUAGAGAGGGUGCCUGAAAGCUUGGGUAAGCUUAGCAGCCAGAGAAGGAUCAUUUACUACCCAGAAGGUAAAGGUUCGGAUGCCAAAUCUGUGUUGUCUGAUUCCAAUGGAGUGUUUUGUGAAAUGGUCAAGUCUGGAAAAUAUGUAGUCAAGGUAUAUGUGAGUGAAGCAGAAAUCAAAGCAGGCCUAACCUUGACUCCAGUUGAACGAACAGUCACAGUGUCCAGUAAGCCAGUAUUGGAUGUCAACUUCUCACAGUUUAGAGCUAAAAUAUCUGGCAGUGUCAAGUGUAUGGAAAAAUGUCUGAACAUGGAGGUGACACUUGAUGCCGUAGGUCGUACAGAUAGUCAGAUUAGAACUGGGGUGAAACUGUCUGGCAAUGAGGCCACAUUUUUAUUGGACAAUGUCAUGCCUGGAAAGUACAAAGCCUCCAUUGUGCUGGACAACUGGUGCUGGAAAGAGAAGUCCAUAGAGCUGGAUGUAGCUGACAAUGACCUGACUGGUUUGGAGUUUGUCCACACUGGUUACAUCCUCAAGUGUAGUGUAUCCCAUCCAAUCACUAUUAAUUUUGCCCACAAUAAAAAAGAAAAGAGUGUUGGCUCAUUUCUAUUGGAUAAAGGCUUGAACCGGUUUUGUUUGGCUCACCCUGGUGUUUACCAAUUGGCACCAGAUUCCUGUCACAGAUUUGACCAAGAAACCUACAGCUAUGACACUUCCAAUCCCUUGACACUGACAUUAAAUGCCAUCCAGCAUUUGGCUUUAGGAGUCAUUACAACAGAUACAACAGUGGAGGACAUUCAGGUCACUAUCAAAUCAUCGGUUGAUGAUGCACCUGUUGUGGUAGGUCCCCUAAAGCCCAAUGUUACUGCUACCAAUGAAGCAAGAGCCACUGCUGCUGCAUCUGACAAAGACAGCACUAAAAAGCCAGUGAUGUCCCCAACAGUCUACACAUUUUCUCAUUGGUCAAGAUCUGGUGAAACUCUGACAUUGUCAGCCAAGUCUGCAAGUGUUUUGUUUUAUCCAAGUACUGUGGAGGCUUACAUUAGUGGAGAGGCAUGUCCUGGUGUAAUAGCUGAUCUUAUUGGUCGCAAAGGCGUGUUCAUCUAUGGCAGCAUUAAGCCACCUCUAUCCGGAGUAACAGUGACUGUGUCAGAUGAGGAGGGCUCAAUGGCACCAAUCGUAAUCACUACAGAUGCCACUGGAAAAUACAAAGUGGGGCCACUGCAUGCUGAACAGAAGUACACAGUGAUGGCUGAGAAGGAAGGUUUUGUGUUGUCUAGAGAGAGCAAUGACUCCAUGUCUUUUAGAGCCUCCAAGUUGGGAGAAAUAGCUGUUCAGAUGCUGAAUGAAGUUGGUCAACCACUGUCCAGCGUACUGCUUUCUCUCAGUGGUGACCAUCAGUAUAGGUCAAACAAUGUCACUGGAGUUGAUGGUCAUAUGAUUUUCACUGGACUAAGCCCAGGUCAAUAUUUUCUUCGUCCAAUGAUGAAAGAAUACAAGUUUGAGCCAGCCUCACAAAUCAUCAAUGUUCAAGAAGGAACCACAGAGAAAAUUAGCAUCAAGGGAGCCAGGGUGGCUUUCAGCUGUUAUGGCAAAGUGACCUCACUGAAUGGUGAACCCGAACCUGGCAUUAUCAUAGAAGCCCAGGGUCAAGGCAACUGUCAGACUUACCAAGAAGAAAGUAAAACAGAAAUGGAUGGCUCAUACAGAAUACGUGGACUUCAACCUGAAUGUUUGUAUAAAGUUGGCCUCAAGUCUGGGGAUGUCAACACACAUAUAGAACAUACAGCACCAGAAGCAAGACAAGUCAAGGUUGAAUCCUCAGAUCUCCAUGACAUAAAUAUCAUUGCUUUCCGUCGCAUGAAUCAAAUGGAUAUUAGUGGCAAUGUGAAGACAAACUUGAAAUUUUUACCGUUCCUGAAGAUUCGCCUUGUGAGUGAAGCCCAACCAGACACCCCCAUUCAUGCAGUUUCCUUGAGCAAGUCAACUUUCUUCUUUUUACCAACGCUGCAAAUGGACAACAAGACCUACCUCUUGUCCUUGGCCAGCACUUUGUCUAGAUCAGAGUAUGACUACAAGUUACCUUCACUGGAGUUUGUAGCCAAUAAGUCACAUAUGCACUUUACUUUUGACUUUGCACCAAAACCUCGAACUGUUGAUCAAGAUCUUAACCAAGGCUCUUUUCUGAUUCUUCCUAUCAUUGGUCUUAUUGCCAUAUUGGCCUACCAUCACAAGACAGUACUUCCGUAUGCUCUAAAUAUAUACCAGCAGCUUCACAGUGCUGCUAUGAAGGUUCCAGUGUCCAGCAGCUCAGUAUCAUCGUCAUCCACCACAUCAUCCUCAGGAUCUGCAUCAGCGGCUGGGGAUUCCUCCAUCCCGCCAGAGUUUAUGGGCUCAGAGUCAUCUCCGGUUAAACGAAAGACCAAGCCUAGGAAAGCACAGUAGAUGAAUUUCUGACAGGGUGCCAGUGUUUUAUAUCCAAUCAGUGAAGGUGCGCAUGUGUUUAUUAUAUCCAGUAAGAGAUGGUGAUAGUUGUUUGCUGAAUGCUUGUAUAAUGUUCUUUUAUUUUUAGAUUUUUUUAAUAUACUUUAUUCUAGAAAAGUGUGAAAGUUUCUGUCAACUAGACUAGAGUCUAGUUUAAUUGAAAUGCAUGUGCUAAAGGCAGAGUGAAUAUUGUAAUGACAACAAAAUGAGUUUAAAAGUGAAUCUAGUUCAAACAGCUUUCAUACUUGCGCAGUGAAUAGAAAUUUGGAAUGUUGAGCUGCAAACUUUGCUGUAGGAUCACCCCAACCAUUCUGAGUUGAAGGAUCACCAAGACAUGUACCAUUUCUCAUUGUAAAAGAAUUUUUUUAUUACUGGGUUACCUUUAAAUUGUAUAUAUUUUAAGCUGAAAAUUUUGUGUGUUUGGUUAGUAUUGUAAGUUGUGAUCUAAUUUUUCAUUGUAAGCAUAUAAAACCCCCCACUUUUUGUUCAUUAGAUUGUGAAUGAGACAUAUUGAUUUCUUUUUGUUGUUUUAUUAGUUAAGGAUCAUUUAAUUGUCUGCCGAAUUGAAGCCAUUUAUCAAUCCAUUCAAUGAAUGGGCCAGUCUUGUAUGAGAUAAAAAACUUUACCCUCUGUGUGCUGUUAAAGACAGUGGUGGGGGAAUUGGUGGUUAUUACAAGAUGGAGUGGGACAUUUUUGUUUUGAAUUAUUGAUAACUGCUAUGAAUGAAUGACUAUUUAGUUUGUGAGACCCCCAACAGGUGCCUGAAAUUUUAUUUUUUGCACGGUGUUUAUGCUUUUAUGAACAAGUGAUUUCCUAGUUGUGUCAUUGUUUUAUAAAGUCAGACAUUUGUGUUUGAAAUACAUUCUUUGAAGUCAUGCUUUUUAAUGUCAUUCAGAACUUUGGGAGAGAAUGUUUCUGUUUUUUUGUAUUGAGUUUUAUAAAGACGAGUUUGGAUUUAGCUUGUGACAUGAAGGAAAUUACAAUGAACUCAUUCCUUUCAAAACACACACACACACACACACACACAAAUCAUUCUUUCUCCAUAUAUCUCAUUCAUUGACUUGUUUUGUUGUAUGGUGAUGCUAGAGAUCAAAUGUGCUGUUCGAAUCUGUGUGUAACUUGAAACUAAGAUUGUGUAACAUGAAACUAAGAUUGUGUAACAUGAAACAAAGAUUGUGAAUGCGUCUCCUGCAUCUUUUGUUUGAACUAUUUAUUGAAACAUUUCAAUGUUGUUUGUACAUCCUAUUCAUAUUCCAGUUUCUUGUAGUUCCUGUUGAAUGGUUCACUCUACAAUGUAUAAGUUAAUCAUUCAAGCAAUGUGAGCAUCUUGAGGUUCUCUUUCUUUUUUUUUUUUUAUAAAGGACCGGCAUGAUGCAGCAUGCUGUGGGGGCGGGGCGGGUAGGUGUUUAAGUUACUUCACAUCAUACAGAUUAAGUAAUUCACUUUAAUUUUGUACUUUCCAUCAAAAUAUCAAAGAACCAAAUUGUAUUGUUACUGUUAGCAUUCAAAUAGUUGGAGAGACAGGUUCUAAUGUCCUCUUAGGAUAGAGACCAUAUUGUUUCCUUUUUGUGUCACUUAGAGAUGGAGGGACUCCUAUACAUGGAACAUUAAGAAAUAAAUGAAACCAAAAACUCUAUCCAAGUUGUGUGUAUAUUCAAUUAUUUAUUAAAAUUGUGGUAGUCUGUGUUAACCUGAUGUCGUUCCCAAAUACAAAUCAAUGGAAGGAUUCAAAAUACAAAAGAAAUAAUUUGUG